AAAAAUGUUCAUGUCAGAACAUGUGAUGUGAGUCGUGGCAGAGGAUGGACUCUAAUGGGUCUGAUGUGUCACAAGCAGACAGCUGUAAGUUUGUUGUGCUAGACUCCCAGGAGGAAUCCCCAUUCCCAGCGCCAGGGGAGAGAACUCUGCUUUCUACCCUGCCUGGCCUACACAUUGAAAAUGUUGGUGUGUCUGUGUCUGAUGUAAGCAUGUCUGAAGACCGACAAAAAACAGGCGCAGAUGAAAACUUGUCAGAUGAAGAGAGUCCUCCAGCCAGAAUAGCCAUCACUCAUGUCACAGACACUGGCAGUGAGGCAGAGCCCAGCAAGAUCCAGCCUUCACAGAGACCGCCCAUCAUAGUGGCAGAGACAGAAACACAAAGCGACACAGAUGGGGGUGUGAUCAGUGAUACUGCUGCUGGGAGAUCCAUGCCUGAAGCACCCCUUGAUGGUUCCUCAGAUGAUCCAGACAAGACGAUUAAAGCACCGCUUGUAGUUGAUGUCUCUGAAGGAGAAAAAACACUUCAAGGGGAUCAAGACAGCAGUGGCAGAUCAUCGGGUAAGUACCUGUUAGGGAGCGGUAUUGAAUGGGAGCUCUCCCAUACCCAGGGGGCACACCUUACCAGCAAGUCCAGAGGUCAAGGAUCCCCAGCAGUGAGAGCACAGGAUGACACCAGAAAAAUGCAUUCUCCUAAAGACCUCUUUGCAGCUCAAGAGUCAGAUGAUGAUGACGAUGAUGACAAACAGGGUGUGCUCACACCCUCAGAACAUAUCAGCUCACUGCAGGUGUCACAGGCUUUAGUACCAGAGACCCUUGAUAAUGAUUCUUUAGAAGAUAUUCCUCCAUCCGUGGAAGCCUAUGGCUCUAUUCCCGUCAUCAUCCCCAGCUCUCCUACAGCCCAAGUCUCAGAUAAAGAUUCCAGUGAAGAUGAGCCUGGAAGCUACAGACCUGAAGAGUUAUCUACCUUGGAUCCUGACACCAAACAUAAGCCUGCAGUGGGUGGUAGUACCUCUGGAUCGGGUAGUAGUUCUAGAUCAGGGAAACAGUCUGUGGAGUCUGAGAAUAAAUCUACUGGAAACAGCAGGGAAAGUAUUAAAGUGAGUUAA